AUGCGAUCGGUCUUGUCGUUAUGUGCGCUCGUCGCUGCUACCCACGCUGUUGCCUCAUCUUUCGGUAGUGCAGCAUACUCGAAACACUUCGGCCGUGCAGGCACAAAUGCAAGCUACGACUAUGUCGUCGUCGGCGGAGGUACUGCUGGUUUAGUGAUGGCGACUCGCCUUGCUGGGAAUGGAACAUAUACCGUGGCAGUGGUCGAGGCCGGCGGUUUCUACGAACUCGAGAACGGCAAUCUCACCAUCGUGCCGGGAUAUUACUCACAAAAUCUGGGUCACCCGUCAGUAGACUGGAACUUCAAGACCACUCCACAAGCUAGUCUGGAGAACCAGACGUUUGGUUAUGCUCGCGGGAAGACUCUCGGAGGAAGUUCCGCUCUCAACGUCAUGGCCUAUCACCGAGGCACGAGACAAUCAUACGCCGCAUGGGCAGAUGCAGUAGAUGAUCAAACCUAUGCUUUCGACUCUUUUCUGCCCUUCUUUGAGAAAAGCAUCAACUACACAUCACCGAACGACCAACAUUUUCGUGCAGCAAACGCUACUGUUCCUUCGGCAAAUGCUUCUGCUUUCUCAGGUGCCGAUGGUCCCAUCCACGUUUCUCACGCUCACUGGGCUACACCUUUCGCUUCUUGGGGCCAACUUGCUUUGAGACAAAUUGGAAUCUCGGACAUACCUGACUUCAGUAGUGGAGAGCUGAUAGGAUCACAAUACGUGCCCGCGACACUUCGUCCUGACGAUCAGACACGCAGUACGAGUGAGGCAUCAUACCUUCAGCAAUCGCUCGCCGAUGACAAAUCGCGCCUGGAAGUGUUCAUCCAUACUAUGGCUAAGAAGAUCCUGUUCAAUGCCAACAAAACCGCCACUGGAGUCGUGGUCGAGACUGCUGGCACACCCUACACUCUGAACGCAACUCGAGAAGUCAUUCUCUCUGCUGGCGCAAUCCAGUCACCGCAGCUUCUGAUGGUAUCGGGAGUGGGGCCCAAGUCGACUUUGCAGCAAUACAACAUCUCAAUAAUUGCCGAUCGACCAGGCGUCGGGUCAAACAUGUGGGACCAUGUCCUCUUCCCAAUCAUGUACGAAGUGGACCUGGAGACCCAACAAGGUCUGGUCAACACAACCUUCGCCAACGAAGCCGCAAUGCAAUACAACAAGAAUGCAACAGGUAUACUCACAAACUCAGGAGGCGACUACCUAGGCUGGGAGAAACUACCAGAGCAAAAUUUUGCCCAACUGAGCAACAAAACGCAACAAGCACUCUCGGCCUUCCCUGCAGAUUGGCCAAACCUCGAAUUCCUCUUGACUAGCUUCCCUCCGAAUAUGAAGGGAGUUCAGGUCUCAGACUCCAAACAAUAUGCUUCUGUUUCGAUCGCACUCAUCACGCCUCUUUCGCGCGGCAGCAUCUCCAUCACUUCGAACGAUACCAACGAUGCUCCUCUCGUCAAUCCAGGCUGGCUUAGUAACUCCAGCGACGUCGAAGUAGCCAUCCAAGCCGUCAAGCGCGGAAGAGAUUUCUUCGGCGCUAGCGCGAUCCAACCAGUGCUUAUCAGCGAGGAGCUCCUGCCUGGCAGGAACAUCACCUCUGAUGCUGAUAUCGAAGAGUUUGUAAGGCAAUAUGUUGCAACGGUAUGGCAUGCUUCUUGCACUUGUGCGAUGGGCAAGGUCGAUAACCCGAUGGCUGUGGUGGAUUCAAAGGCGAGGGUUAUUGGUGUGAAUGCGUUGCGUGUGGUGGAUGCAUCGGCUUUCCCUUUCUUGCCGCCUGGUCAUCCUCAGGCGACUGUCUAUGCACUUGGCGAGAAGAUUGCGGCGGAUGUUCUUGCUGAUGCUGCGUCAAGAGGGUAG